AUGUUCGAAAAUCGUAUACCGCCGACCUCGUCUCAGUCAGACUCUGGCUUCCUCGAGAACCAGCUGGAAAAACAACAUCGACUCAGCCUCCGUGAGAGGUUAAGGCACUUUACCUGGGCCUGGUACACAUUGACCAUGAGCACAGGUGGGUUGGCUCUCCUGAUAGCGAGCCAGCCAUACACCUUCAAGGGGUUGAAGACCAUUGGACUGGUGGUCUACAUCGUGAACUUGAUCUUGUUUGGUCUUGUCUGUUCCCUUAUGGCCACUAGGUUCAUCCUCCACGGUGGCUUCCUCGACUCCCUUCGCCAUGAGCGCGAGGGUCUUUUCUUUCCUACCUUCUGGCUAUCCGUAGCAACCAUCAUCACCGGCUUGCAUCGCUACUUCGGCUCCGAUGCUCGAGAAUCGUACCUGAUUGCACUCGAAGUACUCUUCUGGGUCUACUGUGCCUGUACACUGGCCACAGCAGUGAUCCAGUACUCCUUCAUCUUCUCUGCGCACAGAUACGGCCUCCAGACCAUGAUGCCCUCCUGGAUUCUCCCAGCCUUCCCCAUCAUGCUCAGUGGCACGAUUGCCUCCGUCAUCGGCGAAGCUCAACCCGCACGGUCAUCGAUCCCCGUCAUCAUGGCCGGAGUCACCUUCCAGGGCCUGGGGUUCUCGAUCAGCUUCAUGAUGUACGCCCACUAUAUCGGCCGGCUGAUGGAAUCAGGGCUCCCCUGCCGCGAGCACAGACCCGGCAUGUUCAUCUGCGUUGGUCCCCCGGCUUUCACAGCCCUCGCUCUAGUCGGGAUGGCCAAGGGCCUGCCCGCCGAGUUCAAGCUCAUCAACGACGCACACGCCCUCGAAGACGCGCGGAUCCUCGAGCUGCUCGCAAUCACCGCGGGCAUCUUCCUCUGGGCCCUGAGUCUGUGGUUCUUCUUCAUCGCCGUCAUCGCCGUCCUCCGGUCCCCGCCUACUUCCUUCCAUCUCAACUGGUGGGCCUUGGUCUUCCCGAACACGGGCUUCACUUUGGCCACCAUCACGCUUGGAAAGGCAUUGGGCAGUCCCGGGAUCUUGGGCGUUGGUUCUGCCAUGUCCCUUGGCAUCGUUGGCAUGUGGCUGUUUGUUUUUGUCAGCCAUAUCCGUGCCAUCAUCAACCAGGAUAUCAUGUAUCCGGGCAAAGAUGAGGAUGCUGCAGACUAG